GUGAAGCUGCUGAAGGAGAUGGAGCCGCCGUCGCUGAGUGCCCGGGUCCCGGCUUUGGCCCAGCUGCCGCCGCCUCAGUGACCCCACUCCCCCCGCACUGGGCCAUCUGGGCCAGAGUGGGGGAACCCCGCCGCCCCGCCCCCCUCUCCCCCAAUACCAUCCCCUCUACCCCACCCCCCAGCUUGCGCGCGCGCGGAGCCGCCUCAGAGACUGGCCAUUCCUGGGAUGACCUGGGAAUUCCUCCCCCCUGCACUGCUCCCCAAGCACUUGGAUAAUGAAGCUGAGCUGCCUUCCUCUGUGUGGCAUGUAGACAGAAGGUCACCGUCUACAGCCAGCAGAAUCUCUUUAAGAUGGACAUAGAAGACUGCAAUGGCCGCCUCUAUAUGUCUGAUCCCGAACCUGGUGUUGGGGGCUCCGGAGAGGAACAGUAGGAAAGAACGUCUGUCCUGAACUGCCUCCCUCCUGAGGCCCCCAUUUUCCUCUCCGCCCUGGCCCGCUCAGCCCCAGCCCUGCUUCCUGUGGACGUCAGGCAGUGAUGCUCUUCCCCUCAGACCUAGAUAAAGGUAGCGGGGACUCGUCUCUGGAGAAGGAGUUCCUUGGGGCCCCAGUGGGGCCCUCUGUGAGCACCCCCAACAGCCAGCACUCUUCUCCUAGCCGCUCACUCAGUGCCAACUCCAUCAAGGUGGAGAUGUACAGCGAUGAGGAGUCGAGCAGACUGCUGGGGCCAGAUGAGCGGCUCCUGGAAAAAGACGACAGUGUGAUUGUGGAAGACUCAUUGUCCGAGCCCCUGGGUUACUGUGAUGGGAGUGGCCCAGAGCCUCACUCCCCUGGUGGCAUCCGGCUGCCCAAUGGCAAGCUCAAGUGUGAUGUCUGCGGCAUGGUCUGUAUUGGACCCAACGUGCUCAUGGUGCACAAGCGCAGCCACACGGGUGAAAGGCCCUUCCACUGCAACCAGUGUGGUGCCUCCUUUACCCAGAAGGGGAACCUGCUGCGCCACAUCAAGCUGCACUCUGGGGAGAAGCCCUUCAAAUGCCCUUUUUGCAACUACGCCUGUCGCCGGCGUGAUGCACUCACUGGCCACCUCCGCACACACUCAGUCUCCUCUCCCACAGUGGGCAAGCCCUACAAGUGUAACUACUGUGGCCGGAGCUACAAACAGCAGAGUACCCUGGAGGAGCACAAGGAGCGGUGCCACAACUACCUACAGAGUCUCAGCACUGAAGCCCAAGCUCUGGCUGGCCAACCAGGUGAUGAGAUACGUGACCUGGAGAUGGUGCCAGAUUCCAUGCUGCAUUCAUCCUCUGAGCGGCCAACUUUCAUUGAUCGCCUGGCCAACAGUCUCACCAAACGCAAGCGUUCUACCCCUCAGAAAUUUGUAGGCGAAAAGCAGAUGCGCUUCAGCCUCUCAGACCUCCCCUAUGAUGUGAACUCGGGUGGCUAUGAGAAGGAUGUGGAGUUGGUGGCACACCAUGGCCUGGAGCCUGGCUUUGGAGGUUCACUGGCCUUUGUGGGGGCAGAGCAUCUGCGUCCCCUCCGCCUCCCACCUACCAACUGCAUCUCGGAACUCACGCCUGUCAUCAGCUCUGUCUAUACCCAGAUGCAGCCUCUCCCCAGUCGACUGGAGCUUCCAGGGUCUCGAGAAGCAGGUGAGGGACCCGAGGACCUGGCUGAUGGAGGCCCCCUCCUCUACCGGGCCCGAGGCCCCCUGACUGACCCUGGGGCAUCCCCCAGCAAUGGCUGCCAGGACUCCACAGAUACAGAGAGCAACCACGAAGAUCGGGUUGGGGGGGUAGUAUCCCUUCCUCAGGGUCCCCCACCCCAGCCACCUCCCACCAUUGUGGUGGGCCGGCCCAGUCCUGCCUACGCCAAAGAGGACCCCAAGCCACAGGAGGGCUUACCACGGGGCACCCCAGGUCCCUCCAAGGAAGUGCUUCGGGUGGUGGGUGAGAGUGGCGAGCCCGUGAAGGCCUUCAAGUGUGAGCAUUGCCGCAUCCUCUUCCUGGACCACGUCAUGUUCACUAUCCACAUGGGCUGCCAUGGCUUCAGAGACCCUUUUGAGUGCAACAUCUGUGGUUACCACAGCCAGGACCGGUACGAGUUCUCUUCCCAUAUUGUCCGGGGGGAACAUAAGGUGGGCUAGCGACCUCUCCUCCUCUCAGUCCACCACUCCGCUUACAUACAGGUGUCUAGCCCUGCCCUCACCAUAUCCCAAGGAGUUUUGCUUUGUAGCCCUCACCACUGGCUACCUGACUUCACACCUGACCCUGACCCCUCCCCACCUACUCUCCUCAUCUACCCUGACUUAUUUAAACAUUGUGAUGAAAUAGGUCAUUUGCUUAUGUUUCCCUUUUUUCUCUUCUCCUCACAGAGUUAUUUGUUAAUUAGUUGUUUUUUUUUUUAAACUUGUACCAGUCAUUUGCCACUCCCCCACUCUCCAUGGCCCCUUCCACUUUAGGCCUAAUUUUUCUCUUUGAUCCAGCUCCCUCCUCCAACAGCACCAGGAAUAGGAAGCUCCUCUUAGUAUAAAAAGACCUUGAGCUUCUUCUUGCUUUGUGUCCUCACUCUUUAUAUUAUCUAAUUCUUCAGUUUUGAUGCUGAUACCUCCUUCUGGCCCUACCUUAGGUCUGUGGCAUUAUAUCUCCUCUCUGGGACCCUUCAACCUGGUACUCCAUACCUCUUGUGCCCUCUCACUUUAGGCAGCUUGCACUAUUCUUGAAUGAAUGAAAAAUUUUCUCACUUGGAAGUAGGAGAAGAUGAAGAAAUUCUCCCGGGGACUGUGGGACUGAAGGUCUUCUUGACGUCCCCCUAGUAAUAUGAAUUCCUCAAAGCCCACGUUUGGGAUCUCCCUCUAGGAUGUGAUAGAUCUCUUCUCUCUUCUGAAACAACUCAACACUGCUCUAGUCUUCUCAACCUGCCAGUCUACUCAGUGGUUGUUUCUCUCCUUGGAGUGCCCCAAUUUUAUAUUCUCAGGGGCCAAGGCUAGGUCUGCAACCCUCUGUCUCUGAAACACUGGGAGCCACAGGUGCCUAAUUGGGAGCCAGGGCAUGAGAAAGGGGGUGGACAAGAUUCUUCUGUUUCUCCUCCACCACUCAAACCUCUUCACUACUUUUCUAGUCUCUCAGAGGCUCUGUCAGUCCUCAUCCUAUGAGAAACUAGUGGGUUGCUGCCUGAUGACAAGGGGAGAUUCUCAACCCUCAGUCAUGCUGCCUUCUUCUCCACCCUCAGCGGGAUUCACCCUCUCAUUCUCCGGCUCCUGGGCCCCAUUUUAGGGUCAGAGGUGAGGAGAAAAUGGGUGUUUCUUUUUUUUCUUCUAAUUUUUAGUAUAACCAAAAAUUAUCCAGAAUGAGCACAUGCCCCUCACCCCAUUCCACCCCUGUCCCAGCAAGAAUGGGAUGGGCACAACUGGACUGGGGUCCCUUAACUGCCCCCUUCUCUGCUCAGCUCCCAUACAUAGGGUAGGAGGGGGCACUUUUCUCCUGGCUACUGCAGAGACCCUUGGCUAUUUGGGUAACCUAGGAUUAGUGAGUGGGGGCAGGAGAUACAGCUUCACUGGAAGUGGAUUUCUCUUUCUACAAGAGUUCCCUGCCCAAGGCCACAGCCAUCCCACUCUCUGCUUCCUUGAUAUUCAAACCAAAGGCUGUUUUUCUAUAUUUAAAGAAAUAAAAAGAAAGUAAAAACCAAACACAACACCUCACAAGUUGUAACACUUGGUCCUCUCUCUCUUUUCUCUUUGCUUCCUUUUACUUCCAUCUUUCUUUCCACUUGACCUUUCCAUAUUGGCUCUUUUGCCUCCUACUUUUCUCACUCCCUACCAGGGAUACUUUGGGGGGAUGGUAAAGGGUUGGCUAAGGAACAGACUCUGGCAUUGGGGCUCUUAAGGGCUCUGUGAGGAGUCUGCCUUAUCCUCUUAUGGGAAAGAAGACCCUAAAAAAUUGUAUCCUUUUCUCCCUCCUUUGUCUCCCCCAUUAUGUGGUCUCCCCAAGGAGAACCCAGUUGGCAGGUAGGGGCAUUGUGGGAUGAGGGGUUAUUGUUCCUCCUUGACAAUGUAGCAAUAAACAUGCUGCCAAGUACAGAGGAUAGGGGAGUUAGCUUGGACAAGAGUGGUCUCCUGAAGAGGGAAGGGUCAUCUCAACAGCACCCUGGAUCAUUGUUUCAAGACGGCAGCAGAGCUGAAGUAAAUAUCUGGGGUUCCCCAGAACGGCUCUGGUUAUUGCAUUCCUUCCUGCUAGACCUCCUCCCUACCACCUCUUCUGUGUCUGCUGUGUAUUUGGUGUCACCUUAAAGGACUAGUCCCUUCUGGGGUAUCAGAGCCUUAGGGUACCCCUCCCCCUCCCUCACCCCCCGCAGUCAGCUUUGGCACCUGUAACCUCCCGGAACAUGAAGGACUAUGCUCUGAGGCUACAUCUGUGCCCAUGAGAGCAGAGACUGGAAGGGCAAGACCAGGUGCUAAGGAGGGGAGAGAGGGGCACUCUGUCUCUCUCCAGACCAUCACUGCACUUUAACCAGGGUCUUAGGUACAAAAUCCUACUUACCAGAGCCUUUCAGCUCUGGAACCUCAAACAUCCUCAUGCUCUCUCCUAGCUCCUUUUGCAUUUUAAAAAAAAAAAAAAGAAAGAAAAAAAAAAAGAAAGAAAGAAAAGGAAAAAAAUAAAAACAACCACACUGAAACCUAAAUGGAGAAAAGAGGUGUUUUCCUUUUAUAUUGAUAUUCAAAAUCAGUACCACAAAAAAUUUCUAAAUAGACAUUUUUCCAGACUUUGUUUUUUCAUGUGUCUAAGCUGCAGAUGAGAUUUUGUAACACUUCUGGCAGCUUCUUUCCUUAUGUACAUAAUAUAUAUAAUAUACAUAUAUUUUUAAUCAGAAGUUAUGAAGAACAAAAAAGAAAAAAAAUAAAGACAACACAGAAGCAAGUGCAAUACCACCUCUCUUCCUCUCUCCCAGGGUUUCAUUUGUAGCCUAUGCUUGGUGUCUCUUUUGAUCCUUAUCUCUUCACCUCCUCUUCUCUUCCUCUGGUAUCCAUCCCCCCAUCCUUUUUUUUAAAACAGUUUUUCUCCUUUCUCAAGGGGAGCUAAACUAACUUUUGAGACUUAUUGCAAAGCAUUUUGUAUAUGUAAUAUAUUGUAAGUAACUAUUUGUGUAACGGAGAUAUACUACUGUAAGUUUUGUACUGUACUGGCUGAAGGUCUGUUAUAAAUAAACAUGAGUAAUUUAACACC